ACACCUACCCAUCUCGGCUGCUGGCGCAAGACUGGCCGUGCGUCUCCGCGGGACCCACGUUCUCCACGAGUGCCAGAAAAACAAUUACCGAAACCGAAAUGUAUAUAAGGUGACGUGCGUGAAGAAAGCUGAGGGACAGAUUGAAUCCCUGAUGUGGGCGUGGUGUGCGGGCGUGGCGGGUAGGGUGGCGAGGCUCGGCAGGGGCGGCAGGGUAUUCAGCAGGGUGUGGGUGAAGCAGAGAGAAUGGGGAGAGGAGUGCAGGACCCGGGGAAGAGCUGGGCUGUGGCGGGCUGCUGGCGGCUCCUUGUUCCUGCUGUGUGCCCAGGCCGCCCGCCACACCCCUGCCCGCUGCCUGCGUGAGGGCGGCCUGUUCCUGGACCCCGAGGAAGACCAGCUGACGGAAGCGCGACCCCUGGAGAUGAAUGAGGUGUCAGCACUCACCCACACUUCGCUCCUGAAGCAGGCCAGCGGGGCGGCGGUGGACUCGGCCUUGCAGCUGCUCCACAGGACAGUGCGUGCCACCCUUGACUUUGCCCAGCAGCACAGAAAACAGCUGCAAGAGGUGAUAGACUUGCUGGAGUACUGCACCGCCAUGCUGCGUCACCCAGAGGAGCACGACCGACUGUGGGAGCUGCUGGUGGCGGCACGGGUGCAGGUCGACUCCCUCAAACAGCAGCUUAGGGACCUCAACCUGCUGCUGACCUAUGCCUGUUCCACCGUGGAGAACACAGCCAUGGCAGCCUUCAUCAGUGGCAAUGAGUUCUCGGCCUCAGUGGCGCGGCAGAUGACCGACAGUGCCAAGCUGGAGCUCAAGACAGAUGAGAGGAAAACAGAGGUCCUGGAGGCACAGUACUUGCACGCACACACCCGCUACAUCGAGGCAGCUCAGCGGAUGGUGGACGAAGCAAAGACCAGUGACGACAGUGGUGAUGAUGUGGAGAAAGACGAUGAUGGGCUGAAGAUUGAGAGUAUUGCGAGUGAAAGCAAAGAUGACAGCUGGCAUGAGGGAGCCGAGAGUGAGAAUGAGAGCCAGGAGAGUAAAGACAAGGAAGGAUUAGAAGGGAUUGAGUUUGAUGAUAGAUGAUUUUUCUUGUUGGUCUUGCAGUGAUGUGUGAUGUGUGAUAAUGGUUGGUAGCUCAAUACAGUGUUGCAGCAAAGUC